AUGUCGUCCUCUGCAGAUGCCGAAGGGCUUCGGUCCCCUCUACGACCUGUUUCGUCUCCACCCUACGCCAUGGAUUCGGCUUCUCUGAGGCCACAUUCGGCCAACCGGGUAUCGUCCAACUCGAUGAACCUCUUGAGUCCCAGCGACAUUGUAGGACCAUCCCCGGUCACCUCCAACGGGACCGAGACCACUGAGAUCGAGGACGAUGCCUCAGAGGAGGUCCAUCGAGCACACAUGAUGGAUGGGAGUGCUUCGCGUGGUUCCGAACUUCUCAUGCUUGCGACUAACCUGCCCGACUCCAUACGGCAACCAAGUAGCGACGAAGCUGUGUCGGUCAUUCAUGCUCCUGAAAGCUUUGCGAGCUGGUCUUCUACUAAGCCUGCCGCCGAGUCCAAACAGUUGAGCGACAUUUCAUCCCCAGACCCCGACGAACGCAGCUCGGUCGCGUCGGUGGAAACCCUACAGAAGUCAUCUGCUGUGCCGUCACGGCCACCCAUCUCAACAGACGUCAAGCCUGUGCGAUACAGUAUCGACAGUGCCACUCCCCGGGCCCAGGACUUGCAAGAUAUGCUCAAUGAUAGCAAUCGACUGCGGUCGAGUAGCACCAGCAGCCUCGAGAAAAUCGAUGAGCAGACGGAGGCUGAAGGAGACGACGACGACGACGAGUACUCCGAGGUGCCUCCUGGGAGAACUGAGAACGACGAGAUGACCGGGCUGCGCACUGCGCUGCAGGAAUGUUGGACGCUCUGUAACACUUUGGCCAACCUAAGCUCCAUCCACCGAGCCCGAAUCUUCAGCAACUCAGGAACCCCGGAUGCCCAUGAGAAAGCAUGGAAAACCUGCUGGAAGCUUUGCCAACGGCUUUACGAGCAUCAGGACGAUGACACAGGGUCUCUGAACGUGCGGACGAAUCUCGACCUCUGCCGCGAUUUCUGCCAAGCUUUGUUUGAUGUACGGCAGAGAAGGGACGGGGCUGCAGACUCGGUGCUACGGGUCAGCUUCGAGCUCAACAAUCAUCUCUAUAGUGCACAGGAUAGCCGAGGCCUGCCCGAGCCUUUCAGAGAAAGGACUCUGGAUUUUUACAUUACCUUGUGCCAUCGCCUGAUGAAGCAACGCAGCGAGCUCGCCGAGGAAACGGACCAGCUCCUGAGGGCAUGCUGGGGCCUUGCUGAGAUGCUCUUUAGCCUGCGCCAGAAUCGGCGGGACGGUAAGCCGCCUGACGAGGAGCUGCUUGGGUCUGCCGUGCAAGCCUGUUGGGAUCUGUGCGACAUUUUCAGAGAUGGAUGGACGCAGAUUCGCCCCGACCGGGACACGCCUCGGCCUAGUCAGACGAGCUUUUUUCCCCAGCAUCCACCUGACCAGACCGGCCGCGAGAGUCGGCAGUCCAGCCGAUCAUCCUUGUAUUCGAAACGGGAGAGCAUAAAGAGCGGUCACCUGGACGAGCGUCCGCGGAAGCCCCCGCCUGUACCCGAGACGCCGAUAACAGAGUUUGAGGACACCCCCGUCUCGCCCGAGAGCCGCUCACCGCAGUUGCCCAACAUCAUGGUCCUCGGGACCACGAGUGAUGGUAGCCGCGGGGGGCGGUGGUCGAGCAAUGCAUCCAACAUGUCGAGCUACUCGCGCAGCAGCAAUCGCACCUCGAGCACGGCCACGACGACAGCCGCCAACGAGGAUGCCAACGUUUCUCGAUCCAAGAUGCUCCUUGUUCGAGCCGCAAUGAACCUGGGCUUUGAUCGCAGCGCCAUCGUGGACCCAAACACAGGCGCCGUCGUUUUUCAAGCCUUUGUACAAGGGCUGCCCCCGGGAUCUUUCGGCUCCCUACAGAGCCAUGCCACUCUGCUGCAGCAGUACAAAAAAUCGAUUUUGGUCGACGCCUUCCUCCCGCGCACCCAAGCCCUUCCUGUCCGUGGCAAGCGAGUCUCGGCCCACGAGAUGGCCAAGAGCGUGCAGGCGUUGAGCAGCAGCUCGCCCCGAUUCGGGUACCUUCGUGAGCUGUUCAAAUUUGUCUUUCAGUUUCCCGUUGAAGAGGCCGAAGCACGGAGAAACGUCAUGAUUGCGGUCUAG